AUGUCAAUUGUUUAUUCAUAUGCGACCGGGACCUGUCCUCAGGCGCGGUGGCAGUUAGUGCUAUUGAGCCGACGAGGUGCUGGCAUUCAGAAAUUCUGCUCAAACUUACUAGAGGAAAAGGCGUGGAGAGUUCCCGCCUCCUACGCUCUGACACCUUCCCCUAACAAUCGUUUCCUCCAAGACGCCAGUGGAUCUCCCUUCUUCUGGCAGGCCGACACAGCAUGGCUACUCUUACAUCGCCUCAACUACACCGAAGCCGAGACCUAUCUAUCCAACCAAGCGGCCGAAGGGAUUAACGUCGUGCUAGCCGUGGGGUUCACGCAGAUUGGCAUUGACAGUCCGAACCGGAACGGCGAUCUCCCAUCUAAAGAUGUAGACGUAACAGGGCUGAAUGAGCACUAUUGGGCCCCUGGCGUGCUAAACAGCACAACCGCCUACGACUUCGGACGUUUCAUUGGCAGUCGUACCCUUACCUCUCCUAAGACCCUCGUCGGAGACACAAACCCAUACCGCUACUAUAACCCCGUUUAUGACGCAAUGGUAUACGGGAUCGUCAAUGGGGAGCGAGAAGCAAUCUCCUCUCUGUCAUCGAAACCACUGCUAACCAUCCAUCCCACAAACCAUUGGUUCAGCGGUGGACCGCUAGCUCUCGCGUCGGCGUUCUUCGAAGAUAGUUCAUGGCUUACUCUAGAUGCAAGCCAGUCUGGACAUACGGACUAUGCACCUAACUCGCCGAUUCCGUCGUGGAAUUGCCGAAGAGGUUGGGAGACUGUUGAGCGGAUGUAUGCCACGGGAGGAAGACCGGUGAACGAUAAUGAGCCUCACUACGAGAAUCGGUAUACCAAUGGGAAGAGUGCGAAUGUGGUCUGGAAUGCGAGUGAUGUGAGGAUUGGGAGUUGGCAGGCUCAAAUGGCGAUUCCGGCACAAGAUAUCAUUGUUGGGGACGCUGGAGUGGGUGAUGCACGAAUAACGCCAACGAGGGACAGCGACGGACUCUGGAUUAUGGUAUAUACGCCUACGGGACAGCCCUUUGAGAUUACCACGACAGACUUGAGGUCUUCCAACAUUACGGCGAGCUGGUAUGAUCUCUUGAGUGGGGAGUAUAAACCUUUUCAGUUUCAACGUUGCUCAGAGAGGAAAGGAAGCAAAUUGUUUACACCUCCUACUGCAAACGGACAUUCAGAUUGGGUGCUGGUACUCGAGGCACUUUGA